GGUCCCUAAUCCUUACCCCUCUCCUCUCCCUCCACCCACACAUCCUGUCAGUCACCAGGUGCCACCAAAAUCCCAGUCCCUAAGCAGUGGCCGGGUCAGUCCCCACCUCUCCAGCUCUGGCCACAGCCAGGGGCUUCCUUGCCCCUCCCCAGCCCAGAAUGACCCAUUUCACGAGCACACCCGACCACGGCUCGCGGAGACAACCACUCCAGGCUCCCAUCUCCCACCCUCCAAUGCCUUGGCUUGGCGUCCUGGUCUCCGUCAGCUGCCGGGUUCCCCAUCCCCACCGCUUCCCAUUUUCUCUAUGGUGAGGUUCAUCUGACUGUUGGGGGAUGGGGGUACCGGGCUGCACCCGGCUUUGCACAGGCAGCUCCCUCUCCUCGCCUUUAAUUUGCAAACGCCUCCUUUAAGAAGGUUCCAGGAUCGUCUUCUCUGGGAAGGCUUCCUGGCCCCCAGGCUGGGUUAGGGCACCCUCUUUGUGUUCCCACAUUUGCAUUUUCAGCCCCACUGGGCUGGGGCGUCCGGAGGGGAGCUAGGGCCCUCCAACACCUAGGCGCCCACCGAAGGUUUGUCGAAUGAAAGAAUGACAAUCCAACCAUGGAAAGCACAAAACUGGUCCCUGAUGACUUCGCCACGACCUCAGCGGGGCGGGACGAGUUAGGGGCGGGACCACGCUUGACGGACAGGCCCGCAGCCCACUGCGAGAGGACUGGGGCGGGCCGCCCCGCCCACCGGCCACUGGAUAAGGCUGCGCGCGGGGCCGUGGGGCGCAGGCUGCCGGAGAAGGGGCACCUGCUGCAGGUGCUCCCGGCCGCCCCGGACCAGCGAGCGCGGGCACUGCGGCGGGGAGGAUGCUGCGCGAGCGGACCGUGCGGCUGCAGUACGGGAGCCGCGUGGAGGCGGUGUACGUGCUGGGCACCUACCUCUGGACCGAUGUCUACAGCGCGGCCCCAGCCGGGGCCCAAACCUUCAGCCUGAAGCACUCGGAACACGUGUGGGUGGAGGUGGUGCGUGAUGGGGAGGCUGAGGAGGUGGCCACCAAUGGCAAGCAGCGCUGGCUUCUCUCGCCCAGCACCACCCUGCGGGUCACCAUGAGCCAGGCGAGCACCGAGGCCAGCAGUGACAAGGUCACCGUCAACUACUAUGACGAGGAAGGGAGCAUUCCCAUCGACCAGGCGGGGCUCUUCCUCACGGCCAUUGAGAUCUCCCUGGAUGUGGACGCAGACCGGGAUGGUGUGGUGGAGAAGAACAACCCAAAGAAGGCAUCUUGGACCUGGGGCCCUGAGGGCCAGGGGGCCAUCCUGCUGGUGAACUGUGACCGAGAGACACCCUGGCUGCCCAAGGAGGACUGCCGUGAUGAGAAGGUCUACAGCAAGGAAGAUCUCAAGGACAUGUCCCAGAUGAUCCUGCGGACCAAAGGCCCCGACCGCCUCCCCGCCGGAUAUGAGAUAGUUCUGUACAUUUCCAUGUCAGACUCAGACAAAGUGGGCGUGUUCUACGUGGAGAACCCAUUCUUUGGCCAACGCUAUAUCCACAUCCUGGGCCGGCGGAAGCUCUACCAUGUGGUCAAGUACACGGGUGGCUCCGCGGAGCUGCUGUUCUUCGUGGAAGGCCUCUGUUUCCCCGACGAGGGCUUCUCAGGCCUGGUCUCCAUCCAUGUCAGCCUGCUGGAGUACAUGGCCCAGGACAUUCCCCUGACUCCCAUCUUCACGGACACCGUGAUAUUCCGGAUUGCUCCGUGGAUCAUGACCCCCAACAUCCUGCCUCCCGUGUCGGUGUUUGUGUGCUGCAUGAAGGAUAAUUACCUGUUCCUGAAAGAGGUGAAGAACCUUGUGGAGAAAACCAACUGUGAGCUGAAGGUCUGCUUCCAGUACCUAAACCGAGGCGAUCGCUGGAUCCAGGAUGAAAUUGAGUUUGGCUACAUCGAGGCCCCCCAUAAAGGCUUCCCCGUGGUGCUGGACUCCCCCCGAGAUGGAAACCUAAAGGACUUCCCUGUGAAGGAGCUCCUGGGCCCAGAUUUUGGCUACGUGACCCGGGAGCCCCUCUUUGAGUCUGUCACCAGCCUUGACUCGUUUGGAAACCUGGAGGUCAGUCCCCCAGUGACCGUGAACGGCAAGACAUACCCGCUUGGCCGCAUCCUCAUCGGGAGCAGCUUUCCUCUGUCUGGUGGUCGGAGGAUGACCAAGGUGGUGCGUGACUUCCUGAAGGCCCAGCAGGUGCAGGCGCCCGUGGAGCUCUACUCAGACUGGCUGACUGUGGGCCACGUAGAUGAGUUCAUGUCCUUUGUCCCCAUCCCCGGCACAAAGAAAUUCCUGCUACUCAUGGCCAGCACCUCGGCCUGCUACAAGCUCUUCCGAGAGAAGCAGAAGGACGGCCAUGGAGAGGCCAUCAUGUUCAAAGGCUUGGGUGGGAUGAGCAGCAAGCGAAUCACCAUCAACAAGAUUCUGUCCAACGAGAGCCUUGUGCAGGAGAACCUGUACUUCCAGCGCUGCCUGGACUGGAACCGUGACAUCCUCAAGAAGGAGCUGGGACUGACAGAGCAGGACAUCAUUGACCUGCCCGCUCUGUUCAAGAUGGACGAGGACCACCGUGCCAGAGCCUUCUUCCCAAACAUGGUGAACAUGAUCGUGCUGGACAAGGACCUGGGCAUCCCCAAGCCAUUCGGGCCACAGGUUGAGGAGGAAUGCUGCCUGGAGAUGCACGUGCGUGGCCUCCUGGAGCCCCUGGGCCUCGAAUGCACCUUCAUCGACGACAUUUCUGCCUACCACAAAUUUCUGGGGGAAGUCCACUGUGGCACCAACGUCCGCAGGAAGCCGUUCACCUUCAAGUGGUGGCACAUGGUGCCCUGACCUGCCAGGGGCCCUGGUGUUUGCCUCCUUCCCUUAGUUCUCCAGACCCUCCCUCACACGCCCAGAGCCUUCUGCUGACAUGGACUGGACAGCCCCGCUGGGAGACCUUUGGGACGUGGGGUGGAAUUUGGGGUAUCUGUGCCUUGCCCUCCCUGAGAGGGGCCUCAGUGUCCUCUGAAGCCAUCCCCAGUGAGCCUCGACUCUGUCCCUGCUGAAAAUAGCUGGGCCAGUGUCUCUGUAGCCCUGACAUAAGGAACAGAACACAACAAAACACAGCAAACCAUGUGCCCAAACUGCUCCCCAAAGAAUUUUGAGUCUCUAAUCUGACACUGAAUGAGGGGAGAAGGGAAGGAGAUUCUGGGAUUGCCAGUUCUUCCAGCAGCCAUGCUCUGAAAAUCAAGGUAGAAUCCAUGGAAAGGGACCCCAGGACCUUGGGACCCUAGAUGUAUCUUGAACUGCCAUCGUCAUUUCAAAUACAUCUCCCUCAGGGUUUCCAGGUGGCCACCCCCAAUUAUUCAUUCCUUACCAACCUCUCAAAUCCUCUUGGCUUUCUCUCUGCAGUGUGGACACUGUUGGCUAGUCCUCCCCACUCCCUGAGGGUCCAGUAAGUUAGCUUAGAACCUUCCUGGAAACAUUUCAUCUGAGCAGGUUUCCCCACGUGUGGGAUGCUCCUUUUGCCUCAUCUGUCUCAGGGAUGCAGGCUCCCCCGCAUGCAUGGGGAUUUCUCCCCAGACCAGCAUACUUGUGACCUGAGAGUUCAAUGUGUAAAGAUGCCCCUGGUCAGCCAUAUCCAUCUUCUCUUGCCUGGUCCUUGAUUCUCUGGCCACUCCCUGACCUUCCUCCUUCCACUGCCUUGACUUUCUUCCUUUUUAUUCCUGGUGCCAUCUGUCCAGGCAGCUAGACAAGAACUUGUUCACCAGCAGCCAGAUUCAGGCCUUCCCUGGGGCACAAUAAGUGACCAGCCCCUCCUCUCCGGACAUCAGAUCCAACACAUAAGGACCCUGGCCUACCCUCCAGCCCAACAGCCAGUUCUGGGUCAGCUGCCAACUUAGGGGUGGUUUGAUUAUCCCAUUGAAAUUCACCAGUGCAUUUGCCAAAGACCCUCUCAUUUGGACAUACCCAGAUUCAUUCCCUGGCUCCAACUAAAAAGACUCAGUUUCAAUCUUUAAAAGUUCCUUUAGGGCCAGAAGAAUAAAUGAAUUAUAAUCCCAUUUUGAAGAACCGAUUUAUAACCAAUGAAAAGGUUAUAAUGUAAUUUAUAUUCUUGGAGGAACAAGAUUUUCAUUUGGGAUUAUUUCCUUCAACCAUUCAACAAACAUUUGUUGUAUGCCACUAAGCGCCAGGCACGGCGUUGGGCUCUGCAAACACAGUGGUUAGUAGCAGUCUGGACCUGGUCCCUACUGGCAUGGAACCCAUCACUCCCCAACAUGCAAAGCCCACAUUUAAAGGCCAGCCUCUGCCCCUUCAGUGAUGCGCUCUUUAGAAAUGCCAGUCCACUAUAUUCAGAAAUCCGCAGGGCACAAAACUUCCAGCAAGUCACUGUUGUGGUGACAUGGGCAGUGGGGGGGGGGGGUCUUCUUUCAACAGGCCCCCUUCCCAUCUACCUAGCCAGUACCCAUCCAAUGAGUCCCCAGAGCCUCCGGAAGCUGUUGUCUCCUCUCUGGGGACAGCAGCUCCUGCCUUUGGAGGCCAAAGCCCCAGAUCUCUCCUGCCCCAGAGCUGAAAACACCAAGUGCCUAUUUGAGGGUGUCUGUCUGGAGACUUAGAGUUUGUCAUGUGUGUAUGUGUUUGGUUAAUGUGGGUUUAUGGGUUUUCUUUCUUUUUUUUUUUUUUUUUUUUAGUCUACAUGAGGGGGAAGUGAGCGCCUCCCAUGUGCAGACAGUGUGUCUUUAUAGAUUUUUCUAAGGCUUUCCCCAAUGAUGUCGGUAAUUUCUGAUGUUUCUGAAACUCCCAGGACUCACACACCCGUUCCCAUCUCACUUGCCCACCCAGUGUGACAACCCUCGGUGUGGAUAUACCCCCGUGGACUCAUGGCUCUUCCCCACCCCCACUUUCUAUAAAUGUAGGCCUAGAAUACGCUUCUCUGUUGCAAAACUCAGCUAAGUUCCUGUUUCCACCUUGAUGUUGAAAUAUCUUAUGUAAGAGGGCAGGGGAUGUCGUGAAGAUGGCAAGAAGAACACAGUUUCAAAUUUCUGGGAAAGAGCCUGUGGUGGAGAUCUAAAGAUGUUUAGGGAAGAGCUCGACUAAAGAACAAUGAAAUAAAUGGUCCAAGGGGAAGUCA